AUGGAAAAUGAACGAAAUUAUUCUCGAAAAUAUUGGGAAUUAAUGCGAAAACGAAGUGAAUUUGCACGUAUAAAAUUGAAACAAAAAUUAGCAUCCGAAAUUACGACAAUACAUGACAUUGAACGUAGACUGAAGGAGAAAAAGAUAAAGCAACAAGAACGAGCAGAUGAAUACCGUAAUGAAGUGGAAGCGAUGAAACGACGAGUUCAAGCACGAGCGCUUAUUGUCGAACAACAAGAAAUGCUAAUUAAAAUGCAGCGGUAUUUGUAUUUCUUUAAUUUAUUUAUUACUUCUUGA